CAUGAGAGUAUCGCUCUGGCGCAUCUGGUGGGAUACCUAUGUGUCUUGCACCCACAUUUAACAUCAUUAUCAUCAAUUUUCUUCUAGUUUUUAAUUUUUACCAUUUUUUCCUCCUUUGAGUGAUAAUCCGAUUUCAUGCUAUAUAUACUGCGAAACCAUUCGCGGGAUUUCGAAAUUUAGACGAGGAGUUUGUGACUGAUGAAAUAGGCAUUUCCAUCAAUCUGAGCGGGCCUCACAUUCAAUUCUAUGCUGCAUUGUCGCAAUAAAUUGGAGGGAAUCUUUUUUUUCUUUGAUUUCAAUUUAUAUGAUUUUUUUUUAAAACUCGUUUUUGGGGGUGAAGGAAGUGGAUAGUUGGUAAUAUUGUUAUUGGGAAUUUGAGGAGUGAAAAGAAUGGCGGCGCUUGGUAAUCAAACGCCGGGUUUGUGUAAAUCCUCGGUGUUAGACUUCUUCGAUGCUGUACACGCCAAGUCGACGCCUUCCAAGGCGGCCGCGUUUAGGAGUAGAGGUAAGAAGCUGGAGAUUUGUGGUGGUGCUGCGAGAUCGAGCUUCUUGCAGCCAAUUAAGGCAAUGGAAGCUUCCGCCAACAGCAAGGGAAAGCAAGCUCGAAGUAGUUCCGCUGGCGAUGUUCUCAGCAACGAUUGCGGUGGUUUUUCCGGGGAAAGUAGGCUUCGGAUGUCUACAGUUGGAAAUUCAUCGAAUAUUGUGUGGCACAAGUGUUCUGUAGAAAAGAGCGACAGGGAGGAGUUGCUUAAUCAGAAGGGUUGUGUUAUUUGGAUCACUGGAUUAAGUGGAUCAGUUUUUGAGGCGAAAUAUUGGACUACUGUUGCCUUCACUGCAAUAGGAAAGAGCACUUUGGCAUGUGCUUUGAGUUGUGCCUUACAUGCCAGGGGAAAGCUGACCUAUAUCCUUGAUGGGGACAACUGCAGGCAUGGUCUGAAUCGGGAUCUUAGUUUUAAAGCUGAUGAUAGAGCAGAGAACAUAAGAAGGAUAGGAGAAGUGGCAAAGCUCUUUGCAGAUUCUGGAGUCAUUUGCAUCGCAAGUUUAAUAUCUCCCUUCAGGAAGGAGAGAGAUGCUUGCCGAGCUUUACUGCCUGAAGGAGACUUUAUUGAGGUGUAUAUGGAUGUGCCUUUACAAAUUUGUGAGGAAAGGGAUCCUAAGGGAUUGUACAAACUUGCACGAGCUGGAAAAAUCAAAGGUUUCACUGGUGUUGAUGAUCCAUAUGAGCCACCAUUAAACUGUGAGAUAGUAUUGCAUCAACGUGAAGGGGUUUGUGAUUCUCCAACUGUCCUGGCUGAAAAAGUUAUUUCCUACUUGGAAAGAAACGGUUAUCUGGAGGCAUAAUUUCCAGUUCUAGUUCUUGCAGCAACCAUUAUAUAGCAGACGCUCAUGUUUGGUGAGGAAAUCCCUCAUCUCCUUGUUCACACUGUUACCCAGCCAUUUGACUGAUUAAUCAUUCAUCCAAAAGUAAAUCAGUUGGUGGUCAGUUGGAGCCCGUAGUUGAUUGAUCAAUCAACUACCAACAAAUAAUCCACUGCACCUCUGUAAUGCACAUUAGUGUAAGUUGUGAAUCAAAGAAAAAUAUAAAUUCGAUUUA